AUGCCUUUGUGCCCCUUUCUUCCAGACGACUGCAGUCUAAAACAGGCUGGUGAGCAAAACCCAAACUCACCUUGACCUGCCGUGUCUCUGCUGCCUUAACACACACACACACACACACACACACACACACAAAACCCCUUAGGUUGGCUGUGCAGGGCGGAUCUUUUGCCAGAGGUUCAUUUGCAACCUCCGAGGCUGCUCCUUCCACCUGAUGUCACCUACGACCGGCUUGCUGGCUGCUUUUUUUUCCACUCUAGGUAAGGAAAAUCCAUCGGUGGCUGUCAAAGAAAAGACAGUCUGAGUAGCACAGCGCAGAGUUUACACGCACUGGACCUUCCGCACACAAAAAGGGUUCCUCUGGACUGCCUCCUCUGCCUUCUCCUCGCUGACUCACGCAGCCAUGCUCUCCGGGUGACUUAAAGCCCUCCUUCCAGCCGCUUCCGAGAUUCGCCACCUCCCACUCCCCAGGUUCACCUUGGCAAGGGUGAAGAUGUCUCCGAAUCCUUGGAUGGGCACCUUCCUCCUGUCUGCCUCUUUGCUGGGUCUCCUCUUGGCGCCAGGUAAGACUUUCAAAAGGCUUUGCACCUCUCCUUUAUGGUGCCUUGAUUUCUUCUUUGCUUCUUAUUAGCGGAAAGGGGCCGCGCAAAUGUGGUGCAAGGAAAUUAUUCUGCUUUCCCUCUCUCUCUGACGCUUGCUUGAAGGACUUUUGCUCGUAAGCAAAAGGCUGCUCCCUCCUGGAAUUUUGCAAGGCUUCAAUCAAGCAGCUGCCCCCCUGUCCCCCCUCCCGGGCCAGCUGCAGAUUCUAAGGUUUCGCAUUUGACCUCCCACCUGGGAGAGAAUUCUACCUGCUCCUCCUCAGGACCCGUGCGUUUGUCUUUGCAAUCAUACUUGGGAAAAGAGUUGUUUUCACGGCGGGAAGGUUUGUCCUAACAGCUCCAUAGAAACUUGGCCCCGGAGAGUUUGCGUCCUGGAAUUGCCAUCAGCUAAAUUGCAAUUCAAUCGCCCUCUUGCGAGGAAAUGCAGGCCAGACUGCGCUUUGGAAAUGCAGCUGGUUAGGGACUGGAAAUGUGUGUGUCUUGAUCUGUAAGCGAACCUUGCAAGAUGUCAAUAGACGCGCCUGCCAGGGAAAUGGGACACCCGUCAUUAAACUUUCAAACCGAGGAAAGGACGGAUCUUGCAACAUCCCCUGCCUGUUAGGAGCUUAAAAAACGGAGGAAGAGACAGGUGCCGACAGGGGAGAGCCGGUGGGGUCCAAGUAAUGUAGGUGGCUCCAUCUGGCGAAGAGAGAGAAGAUCUGGGUUCAAAUCCUACCUUCGCAUGGACUGGCUAAGGAGCCUUGGGCAAAUUUAGCUGCAAUUUCUGUAUUGCAGGGAGUUGGACUAGAUGACCCCUGGGUCCCCUCCAAUGCUACCUUUCAAUGAUUCUAAAUCACUCUCCCAGCCUCGGUUUCCCUGCUUGUAAAAUGGAUAGAGAGGCGUAACUGUCCUUUUAAAAGUGGCACGAUCGGCACUUUAGGCUAGCUCCACUGUGUUGGAAGGAGGCAGAGCAUGCCUUCUGUGGGUGAGAGGCAGCGGGGUGUAGUGGUUAGAGUGUUGGACUAGGCCCUGGGUUCAAAUCCCCACACUGGGCCACAAACCUCUCUGGGUAUGACCCUGGGCCAGUCCCUCUCCCUCUCAGCCUAGUCUACCUCUCAGGGUCAUUGCUGGGGUUAAACGAGGACACGGAGAACCAUGUUCACCACCUUGAGUUCCUGGGAGGAAGAGGUGGAAUAUAAAUGCAAAUAAUAAUAAUAAUAAUAAUACUGACUGCUGACUGGGGCUACUUCAGGCUGCCCUCGGCUGCCCUCUCACUCGGGAAGUCUUGGCUGCAGCACAGGAAGGCAGAGAUCCUCUUUGCACAUGUUGUGGAACGGACGCCGUGCUCACAGGGCUUCCAGGUGGGGAGUCUGUCUUUGCACCCAUGUGCAAUGCCUUAACCCUGCAAGGCACCGCGGAGGGGCACUUGCAACUGCUCAGAAGAGCCCCCUAGGACAAACGGCCCUUUCGGAGCUGCUUCUCUGCGGGAUUCUGCCCGGGGACAGGGCUGCGAAUGUGACCCCCGUGCUUGGUGAGCAGAAGAAAUCCAGAGCAGGUGUCCUGCGGAGGCUUGCCGCACUGCGCCUGAGUGUGGGGAGGGUGUGUAUGUGUGUCCCCAUUGGCCCUGGAGAGGGACAAGACCCUAGCAAUCCCAAACCCCCCUCCCUCCAACGGCAAGCCUGUGUCCGACUCUGGAGGGCUGCCCCAUGGAAGAUGGAGCCAGUUUGUUUUCUGAUGGACUCAAAGAAAGGAGAUCCCGGCUAACCACCAAGAAGAACUUUCUGGUGGCAAGAGCUGUUCCACAGUGGAAUGGACUCCCUUGGAAGGUGGCAGACUCUCCUUCCUUGGGGGCUUUUAAGCAGAGGAUGGGGGGGGGCAUUUGUCACAUGAAAAUUGUCCAUGGGGAGAGGACCAUUUUUCUCCCUUUCUCGUAGCGCAGAACUCGUGGGCGUCCAAUGAAGCUCAACGUGGGAAGAUUCAGGACUGAUAAAAAGCAAGUCCUUCUUCCUGCAUCACAGAGUUAAUCUGUGGAACUCCCUCCUGUUGCAGGAGUUUAUGUAUAGGUUGGAGGGGGGUUUGCCCCUCCAGCAGAUAUCAUGCACAUGCAGCCCACUACCAAAAUCAGCACCAUCACUUUUGUGACUUUUGUGAUUUGUCCCCACAAAACACUUCAUCACAGGUUCUUCAAAAGGGCCUUUGCUGCACAAUACCAAAUGUAAGAAUUCACUGAUCAAUGCUCACUGGGAAAACUUCAGAAAUGCAUAUAGACAUGUGAGCUCAGCUACUCAGCAGCCCCUCUGCCUGAGUGAUCAUUCCUGGUAUCCUGAUACCUGAGUGCCGGACAGGUGGCCAUUCCGGAAAUAACAAACCCAGAUGAAGACAAAAGGGUGUGAUUAACUUGGCUGGGAAACAGGGAAAUGUAAAUAUCUCUUUUGUUGAUGGGUGUUUGGUGGAGGGCAAGGAGAACCAUGGGGCAGGGUCCAGGAAGCUCAGAUUACUGCCACCAGACCUCUUCUUUCAUGAUGUAACCAUGAUGUAUGAGUGAUGUAGUUUGGGGGUGUGUAACAUGGGGAUUAAAGGUAAAGGGACCCCCGACCAUUAGGUCCAGUCGCGGCCGACUCUAGGGUUGCGGCGCUCAUCUUGCUUUAUUGGCAGAGGGAGCCGGCAUACAGCUUCUGGGUCAUGUGGCUGGCAUGACUAAGCUGCUUCUGGCGAACCAGAGCAGCACACAGAAAUGCCAUUUACCUUCCCGCCGGAGUGGUACCUAUUUAUCUACUUGCACUUUGACAUGCUUUCAAACUGCUAGGUGGGCAGGAGCAGGGACCGAGCAACAGGAGCUCACCCCGUCACGGGGAUUCGAACCGCAACCUUCUGAUCGGCAAGCCCUAGGCUCUGUAGUUUAACCCACAGCGCCACCCGCGUCCCUAACAUGGGGAUUAGCAGCUAAUCAAAGUUUGGGGGCUCUUUUGUUCGGGGCUUCCAUCUUGUUUCACCUUGUGGCAGGUGGGAGUCCUGUCGCGACAGUCUUCAAUCAAGACCAAGCCGACUGGCUGCUGUUUUGCUCUGGUAUUCCUGCCUGGUGUCCUUAUUUUUUUGUCCAAGGGAGCCCUCAGAUUUCUCCGUUAACACUCCCACAGGAGGCAGCGAUGGCCAUCAACGGAGAGGCAACUUUUGGCACCCCCAAAACCACAGUCCAAAAGUCAGGAAUUUACUGUGCUGUGAAAUAUGCUUCCAGCAGGGAUGUAGCAAACACCGUCCCUUUCAAGUUCAUCAGUUUUGUUGAGUGAAAUAAAUGAAAUAGCUCAGUUGGUAGAGCAGGAGACUCUUAAACUCAGGGUUGGGGGUUCGAGCCCCAGGUUGGGCAUGUUGGAGGGGUUGGACUAAAUGAUCCUUGUGCAAAUUUAACAUACAGAAUAAGAGAACAAGGAAAAUGUACGUUUAAAGAAGAAUGGAAAACGUUCACUGAAUAUAUGGGUGGAAAUUGUGUUUAUUUAAAAACGCUGGUAGCACUAAGAUAAAUUCAACGGUAUAAAUAAGUUUUGAUGGAUGUAACAAUGGAUUACUGAAUGGUUUAGUUCAUGUAAUAUAUGCAGGGAUGUGUGGUAUGCAAAAUGAACCACCAAAAGAGAAGAUGGGAAGUAAUUGAUUUAAGGUUGUUUAAAUUAAUAUUUUGAAAUGUAAUUAGAAAAGUUAAUAAAAAUUAUAUAUUAGAACUACAGGUGAAACUCAAAAAAUUAGAAUAUUGUGGAAACGUUCAUUUAUUUCAGUAAUUCAACUUAAAAGGUGAAACUAAUAUAUGAGAUGGACUCAUGACAUGCAAAGCGAGAUCUGCUUCUGCUUCUCAGAGGUCCAGUCUUGCUCUAUUUGAAAUCCUUGUUUUGCUGAUUUCAUUUAAGAUUCAGAAUGGGUUAUCCGCCACCGGCGCUCUAGCCGUCUCAACAAUCGUUGAGACGGCUGAGCAGCCGUGUGGCAUAGCCAUUCUGAAUCUGACCGGAUCAUGGGUUAGAGCUCAAUGUCGAGCCUACCAGAGUGGCGAUAGCGACGGCGAAGAAGACUUUCUUCACCGCCUCUAUUGCAUCUGCGGAAAACAGCAGCAGGAGACUCUUUCAGGUGGUUCGCAAUUUAGCGGAACCACCUGCUCCAUCAGGGCCCAGUAGCGGCCACAUGAUCUCCUGCAAUGACUUUGCAAAGUUGUUGGCAGCUAAAGCCGCUCCGAUUCGCGAAGAGGUAGACUCCACCGUGGGAGCAGGGCCGGGGCGGGAGAGUGCUAGAGUCCUGUCUAGUCAAGUUGUGUGGGAUCAAUUCCAAUCUGUUACCCCGAGGAUGUGGACAGGCUGCUUGGACGAGUGAAACCAACCACUUGCCUCCUUGAUCCUUGCCCAUCCUGGCUUAUAAAAGCUAGCCGGGAAGGACUGGGCGAUGGGCUUCGUGGGGUGGUGAAUGCUUCCCUCCGUGGGGAGCCUUCCCAGACCCGCUGAAAGAGGCGGUUAUUAAACCGCUUCUUAAAAGACCAUCUUUAGAUGCGGCCACAAUAGCCAACUAUCGCCCAGUCUCAAAUCUUCCAUUCUUGGGCAAGGUGAUUGAGCGAGUGGUUGCUGAACAACUCCAGGCACGCCUGGAAGAAGCGGACCAUUUGGAUCCCUUCCAGUCGGGGUUCAGGCCUCAUCAUGGGACUGAAACUGCCUUGGUCGCACUGGUUGAUGAUCUCCGGCGGGCUAGGGACAAAGGUGAGUGCUGUUUCCUAGUUCUGCUGGAUCUCUCAGCGGCGUUUGAUACCAUCGACCAUAACAUCCUUCUGGACCGUCUUGAGGGGCUGGGAGCUGGGGGCACUGUUAUACAGUGGUUCCGCUCCUUCCUCCUGGGCCGUGUUCAGAAAGUGGUGGUAGGGUUUGAGUGUUCAGCCCGCGGGGCCCCCACUUGUGGGGUGCCACAGGUUUCUGUCCUCUCCCACAUGCUUUUCAACAUCUACAUGAAGCCGCUGGGAGAGAUCAUCAGGGGAUUUGGGCUGGGUGUUCAUCAGUAUGCAGAUGAUACCCAGCUCUAUCUCUCCUUCAAAUCAGAACCAGUGAAGGCAGUGAAGGUCCUGUGUGAGUGCCUGGAGGCGGUUGGAGGUUGGAUGGCGGCUAACAGAUUGAGGUUGAAUCCUGACAAGACAGAAGUACUGUUUUUGGGGGACAGGAGGCGGGCAGGUGUGGAGGAUUCCCUAGUCCUGAAUGGGGUAACUGUGCCCCUGAAGGACCAGGUGCGCAGCCUGGGAGUCAUUUUGGACUCACAGCUGUCCAUGGAGGCACAGGUCAAAUCUGUGUCCAGGGCAGCUGUUUACCAGCUCCAUCUGGUACGCAGGCUGAGACCCUAUCUGCCUGCGGACUGCCUCACCAGAGUGGUGCAUGCUCUGGUUAUCUCCCGCUUGGAUUACUGCAAUGCGCUCUACGUGGGGCUACCUUUGAAGGUGACCCGGAAACUACAACUAAUCCAGAACGCGGCAGCUAGACUGGUGACUGGGAGCGGCCGCAGAGACCACAUAACACCGGUCUUGAAAGACCUACAUUGGCUCCCAGUAUGUUUCCGAGCACAAUUCGAAAGUGUUGGUGCUGACCUUUAAAGCCCUAAACGGCCUUGGUCCAGUAUAUCUGAAGGAGCGUCUCCACCCCCAUCGUUCUACCCGGACACUGAGGUCCAGCACUGAGGGCCUUCUGGCGGUUCCCUCACUGCGAGAAGCCAAGUUACAGGGAACCAGGCAGAGGGCCUUCUCGGUAGUGGCGCCUUCCCUGUGGAACACCCUCCCACCAGAUGUCAAAGAGAACAACAACUACCAGGCUUUUAGAAGACAUCUGAAGGCAGCCCUGUUUCGGGAAGCUUUUAAUGUUUGAUGUAUUAUAGUAUUUUAAUAUUUUUUUGGAAGCCGCCCAGAGUGGCCGGGGAAGCCCAGCCAGAUGGGCGGGGUAUAAAUAAUAAAUUAUUAUUAUUAUUAUUAUUAUUAUUCUAAUUUUCUGAGAUUGUUAAUUUGGGGUUUUCAUCAGCUGUACGCCGUGAUCAUUACAAUUAUAACAAAUGAAAGCUUGACAUAUCUCACUUUGCAUGUCUUGAGUCUAUCUCAUAUAUUAGUUUCACCUUUUAAGUUGAAUUACUGAAAUAAAUGAACUUUUCCAUGAUAUUCUAAUUUUUUGAGUUUCACCCGUAGAUGACCCUUGUUGUCCCUUCCAACUCUACGAUUCUGUGAAAUAGUUUUAACUGGAUUUUCAACACAUGUGCAACUAAAUUGCUGCUGCUUUGAAGUUUAUUGUCUUCCUAUCUUCCUUAGUGGGUUGUGCAAACUGUCAUUCUGCUUUUCAUAGGGUAGAGAAGGGGGCACAGGCAUUUAUGGAACCGAGGUUUUGGUGGCCUUUAAAUAUUUUGGAAACAGCUGACAUGGACCUUUCCUUUGUUCUCUCUCCCCCCCCUCCUCCCUGCCCCACAACUUGGCCUCCUUUUUCCCCAGGCUGCUCAGGGGCUCAGGGCAGGUUUGCCUACAAGCUGCUCAAUGACCUGUUUGCCAACUACUCCAACGCGCUGCGUCCGGCAGAAGAUACUGACCGAGCUCUCAAUGUCACGCUGCAGGUCACCCUGUCCCAGAUCAUCGACAUGGUGAGUCCUUUGGUGCUUGGAGGGCGGGUGGAAGAGGAUUCAAAUGCAGCCGAGGGUCAGAGCACUCUUGUCGGAAGAGGCUGGACGGCUAUGGAUAGAUCCACUGUGUCUUGCGCCCCAUUGCAUGGGGUUUUGGUCUUGGUUGGCUAGGCCAGGGCCCUGUUUUGCCGAACUGCUUUGAGUUCUCUUUUCUCAACUGGAGACUUUCAUUCGCUAUUUGCUUAAAGGGGAAAGGGACCCCCGACCAUCAGGUCCAGUCAUGGACGACUCUGGGGUUGCGGCACUCAUCUUGCUUUUUGAUCAUCUAAUAAGUCUUCAUUCAGUCUCCAUCUAAAUGAAAUAUGACUUUCUUUUUGCAUUUCAGGGAGGUAAGCAAAUGACUGGGUUGCGGGUGGCUCUGUGGGUUAAACCACAGAGCCUAGGACUUGCCGAUCAGAAGGUCAGCGGUUCGAAUCCCCGCGACGGGGUGAGCUCCCGUUGCUCGGUCCCAGCUCCUGCCAACCUAGCAGUUCAAAAGCACAUCAAAGUUCAAGUAGAUAAACAUGUACCGCUCUGGCGGGAAGGUAAACGGCGUUUCCACGCGCUGCUCUGGUUCACCAGAAACGGCUUAGUCAUGCUGGCCACAUGACCUGGAAGCUGUACGCCAGCUCCCUCGGCCAAUAAAGCAAGGUGAGCGCCACAACCCCAGAGUUGGCCACGACUGGACUUAAUGGUCAGGGGUCCCUUUACCUUUACUUUUAACAUACAAUGAGCAUAACAUACAACAAUACAAACAACCAGAUAAAAGACUUCCUUUAUCCAGUAUCUGGCCUCCUUAUUUACUUCCUAUAAAUGUUUCCUUUAUGAAUAAUUAUUAAGAAUUUUCUAAUUAUAACUUAAAUAAUAACUUAAAUAUCCACAAAGUCUCCUAAAGACAUUAAUCAAAACAAGUAUGUAUUUUAGGGCACUGUUUUGUGAAGUAUUCCCUGCAUUUCCCCCAUGCUUUAUGAAACUCUUGUCUAGUGUGAUCUCUAAUUGCUUCUGUUAAUCUAGCCAGUUCAAUAUACCGUACUCAAUAACAGUUUGUCUUGCCAUUCCUUUUCUGUUGGCACAGUUUCUUUUUUCCAGUUUUUAGCAAUUAGGAUUAGAAACCACUUUCUAACAGGCUGGGCAAUGGCACUUGGUCUAUUCCUUCCUCGCCUCUAAAGAAAAAAAGGAGGUAUUGCAAAGGGUGUGUGUGUGUGUGUGUGUGUGUGUGUGUCAAAGCCGAUUUCCCCCAGAUUCCCCAUCCGAUGCCCCGCUCUGCAAGAAAAGCAGAGCAUAAGGUGUGCUCCUUGCACCCUGUAUCUGAGGUUGUUUUCCCUCUUGCCUUGCAGGAUGAGAGGAACCAAAUCUUGACGGCUUACCUGUGGAUCCGGCAGGUGUGGGUGGACGCCUACCUGAGCUGGGAGAAGGAGGCUUACGAUGGCAUUGACACCAUACGGAUCCCAAGCAGCUACGUCUGGAGGCCGGACAUCGUUCUGUAUAACAAGUAGGUUUCACAGUGGCGCCACAGCCCUUCCCUUUAAAAGAUGUUCUGCGAAGGUGUUUUUUGAUGAACUAAGUGGAAGACUAUGAGUCACGGGAGCAGGGAGAGAAAGUGUCUGGAUUCAGCAGUGCUUUAAGUUUGUUUUUGGUUUUUAGUCUGCUAAUGUUCUUCAUAUUGUUUUGUGGAUUAUGAGUCCUGUGACGCUCUGCAAAUUUUAUAAAAUGGCUUCUUGUGGUUAUGCUAUUUAAUCCAUUUUAUAAGUUGUUUUGCUAAUGAUUUAUAGAAGGUGGUUAUUUUAUUGUUGAUUUGUUCAUUAUUUUAUUUAUGUUGCAAGUGGUGCUGUGGUCUAAACCACUGAGCCUCUCGGGCUUGCUGAUCAGAAGUUCAGCGGUUCGAUUCCCCGCGAUGGGGUGAGCUCCCGUUGCUUGGUCCCUGCUCCUGCCAACCUAGCAGUUCGAAAGCACGUCAGAGUGCAAGUAGAUAAAUAGGUACUGCUCCAGCAGGAAGGUAAACGGCAUUUCCGUGCGCUGCUCUGGUGCGCCAGAAGCGGCUUAGUCAUGCUGGCCACAUGACCCGGAAGUUGUACGCAGGCUCCCUCGACCAAUAAAGCGAAAUGAGUGCCAUAACCCCAGAGUUGUCUGCGACUGGACUUAACGGUCAAGGGUCCCUUUACCUUUACCAAGUUACUAUUUAUUGUUUUUAUAUCAUUUGUAUUAAGUCCUCAACGAUAUUUCAAAGCAUAUAUCAUUAUACAAUUUUUUUAACAUACAAAGUUUCUUAUUGACUUUCCAUCCCUCUUUUCCCUAUGUUUGUUUUCUACUCCUUUUUAUUAGCUGUUUUACAACACAUAAUUUUUGAUUAUCUAAACCCCGCGACCAUUAUUAUUAUAAUUAGUAUAGUUCUAAAAUAGUUAUUAAUAGUAGUUAUUAUUUAUUGUAUGUAAGCCGCUUUGUGACUCACAUGAGUGAAAAGCAGCGUAGGAUUAUAAUACAGUGGUACCUCGGUUUUUGAACGUCUCGAAAGUCAAACGAAAACCCGGAAGUAACUGCUUCGGUUUUCGAAUGCUUUUCGGGACUGAAACGUGCUGCACGGCUUCCCUAUUGAGUUUUCCGGAAGUAAAUGCUUCGGUUUUCAAACGUUUCAGAAGUCCAAUGGUCUUCCGGAAUGGAUUACGUUCGAAAACCGAGGUACCACUGUAAAUGAAAUGAAAUGGAUGUUCUCCUGAAAACAGAGAGCUGCUUUCCUGACUUGGCACUGAUGCUUCAUCGGAAACUGCAAUUAUUUCAGAAUGCGGCAGCUAGACUGGUGACUGGGAGUGGCCACCGAGACCCCAUAACACCGGUCCUGAAAGACCUUUAUUGGCUCCCAGUACGUUUCCGAGCACAAUUCAAAGUGUUGGUGCUGACCUUUAAAGCCCUAAACGGCCUCGGUCCUGUAUGCCUGAAGAAGCGUCUCCAUCCUAUCCUCUAGCCCAGACACUGAGGUCCGGCUCCGAGGGCCUUCUGGCGGUUCCCUCCCUGCAAGAAGUGAGGUUACAGGGAGCCAGGCAGAGGGCCUUCCCGGUGGUGGCGCCUGCCCUGUGGAACACCCUCCCAUCAGAUGUCAAGAAAAUAAACAACUAUCUGACUUUAAAAAGACAUCUGAAGGCAGCCCUGUUUAGGGAAGUUUUUAAUGUUUAAUGCUGCCAGGCCUACCUCACAGGGGUGUUGUUGGGAUUAGAUGGGGGGGGGCAGUAGAACCAUGUAAGUCACUUCAAGCUUCAGGGAGAAAAAGCCGGGAUAUGAAUGCGAUAAGCAAGCAAUUCUUCGGUGCUCACAUUAGGGGAACUGUGUGCCAGACAUGUAAACAAGGAAUCUUUGUUGGACAGGAUUUCCCUCCUGCUUAACCAUGUGGGGUGGGGGAUGGGGGACAAAAUCUGGGCCUCGCAAUGGGAAAACGUGGCGGCGCCACGUUGUAUAUUUGUGGAGUGGGGGAAGAGAAGUGGUAGAAAUUUGGAUCAGGAGAGCUGGAAUGUGGGGAAUUACCAUGUUUUUCCGUCUAUAAGACGCCCCCAUGUAUAAGACACCCCCUAUUUUGUGUUUUUAAUACAGUGGUACCUCGGGUUACAUAUGCUUCAGGUUACAUAUGCUUCAGGUUACAUACUCUGCUAACCCAGAAAUAGUGCUUCAGGUUAAGAACUUUGCUUCAGGAUGAGAACAGAAAUGGUGCUCCAGCGGCGUGGCGGCAGCAGGAGGCCCCAUUAGCUAAAGUGGUGCUUCAGGUUAAGAACAGUUUCAGGUUAAGAACAGACCUCCGGAACGAAUUAAGUACUUAACCCGAGGUACCACUGUAUUCUGUUGGGAACCUCCCAGAGUGGCUGGGGAAACCCAGCCAGAUGGGUGGAGUAUAAAUAAUAACAAUAAUAAUAAUUUCUCUCCUUCCCCCUCCUCCAGCGCCGAUGACCAGUUCACGGGCUCGAUGGAGACCAACGUGGUGAUCCACUCGGACGGCCAGAUCAUGUGGGACUCUCCGGCCAUCACCAAGAGCUCCUGCAAGGUGGACGUCUCCUACUUCCCCUUUGACGGCCAGCAGUGCCGACUGACCUUUGGCUCCUGGACGUACAACGGGAACCAGAUCGACAUCCUGAACAAACAGGAGACGGGGGACCUGACGGACUUUGUGGAGAACGUGGAGUGGGAGGUCCUGGGGAUGCCGGCCAAGCGCAGCGUGGUCACCUACGGGUGCUGCUCGGAGCCCUACCCGGACGUCACCUACACGCUCCUCCUCAAGAGGAGGGCUUCCUUCUACAUCUUCAACCUACUUCUCCCCUGCAUCAUGAUCUCUUUCCUGGCCCCGCUGGGCUUCUACCUCCCGGCCGACUCCGGGGAGAAGGUGUCCCUGGGGGUGACCGUCCUCCUGGCACUGACCGUCUUUCAGCUGCUGGUGGCCGAGAGCAUGCCUCCCUCGGAGAACGUGCCCCUCAUCGGUGAGUAGUCUCUGGGGGGAGAAGGUGAGGAUUGCGGCGUCUCUGGGCCCAGCCCAGAAACAAGGAAACUGAAAAAAGGGAUAUUGCGUGUUUGGGGUUGACAUCUGCAGGAUCUGAUCUCUUUCCGCAGGGCCUGUAAGACAGAGUUGUUCCGCCUGGCCUUUGGAUUGGAAUCCACUUGAUUCCCUCCCCCUCUUUCCCUUUCUCCUUCUCUGAUCGAACUCCUAGUUGGGGACUUCCCUGGCUUUUUUCUGGCCCACGUAGGACCGGUCUGGAUAGUUGGCCUUGGUGAAGAUUUGACGUUUUCAUCCCCAAAAAAGUUUUUGAUUUGAGCUUCUACUGAAAUGAGGCUGCAUUUUAAUGUUGUAUUUUAAUUUUGUUUUUAAGUUGUAUUUUAAUGAAUUGUUUUUAUACCUGGUGUUAGCCGCCCUGAGCCCGGUCUUGGCUGGGGAGGGCAGGGUUUUUUUUUAAUUUUAAUAAUUUUUAAAAAUUUAAUAAAUUUACAGUGGUACCUUGGGUUAUAUACGCUUCAGGUUACAGACGCUUCAGGUUACAGAUGCUUCAGGUUACAGACUCCGCUUAACCCAGAAAUAGUACCUCGGGUUAAGAACUUUGCUUCAGGAUGAGAACAGCAGCAGGAGGCCAUGUUAGCUAAAGUGGUGCUUCAGCUUAAGAACAGUUUCAGGUUAAGAACGGACCUCCGGAACGAAUUAAGUACUUAACCCGAGGUACCACUGUAAUACUUUAUAAAAUUUUAAUAUUUUUUAAAAUUAUUAUUAUUAUUAUUAUUAUUAUAUUUGAUGUUUUAUUGUGUUUUUAAUAUUCAGUUGGGAGGUGCCCAGAGUGGCUGGGGAAACCCAGCUGGAUGGGUGGGGUAUAAAUAACAAAAUAUAACAACAACAACAACAACAACAACAACAACAAUAAUAAUAUAUUAAUAAUACUUGCGAAGGUCUCAUGUUGCCUUCCCCAGCCUGGUGCUCCCUCUAUUUCAGGCUCCUGGCGGGGGCUGAUGGGAGUUGUAGUCCAGGCCCCCGGAUUGGUGUGAUGGCCGCUCUCAGGUGCUAAAGGAGCGUCUCCUCUUGUUCGUCCGCCCCCCGCUCCCCGACCCCUCCACCUGCAGGCAAAUACUACAUCGCCACCAUGACCAUGAUCACGGCCUCGACCGCCUUGACCAUCUUCAUCAUGAACAUCCACCACUGCGGCCCUGGCGCCAAACCCGUCCCCAGGUGGGCCAAGAAGCUCAUCUUGCAGUACAUGGCCCGCAUCUUCUUCGUCUACGAAGUGGGGGAGAGCUGCAAGAGCCCCCGGCCGGAGCCAGAGCCCGCCCCCAAAGCCCGCGUGGCCAACGGCGGGGGCCCCACGCGGGGGGUGGGCAGGGGGAGAUCCCCCGGCGAGGAAGUGCCGCCCCGCCGGUCUCCUUCGCAGGGGCCCAGCAGCCCCUCGGAGCAGCCCGGCUGGGGCGAGGGCAGCCAGUACGUGGACCUGGAGGGCGGGGAGGGCGAGUCUGCGGAUCAGGCCCCCUGCGCCAAGAGCCGCUGCCUCUGCCACCACCACAGCAUCCUCAGGAACGUGGAGUACAUUGCCAACUGCUUCCGGGACCAGAAGGCGGCUUCCAGGCGGACCGGGGAGUGGAAGAAGAUCGCCAAGGUGAUGGACCGCUUCUUCAUGUGGGUCUUCUUCGCCAUGGUAUUCAUCAUGAGCGUCCUCAUCAUGGGCAAAGCCAUCUGA